GCCCUUCAGGCAUUUUCCAUUUCUGUGUAUUUACAGGGGUGAAUCUGACGUACACAGUUUGAAAUAAGUCCAGUGAAAAUAGUUCCAUUGAUGCUCAGAGCAUUUUCCACUGUGAAAAUAAGUCAAUUGAACUUCUCCACAGACUUCAUUUAAAAACAAAACAAAGCCAUUGCGUUUCACUGAAAGACUUUAGGAAAAAGAGGAACUUGUGUGUCGAGAGGCAAAGGGUACAUGUAUCUUUGUACAAGAGAAGAUUGAUGAAUUGAAAAGAUUUAGCAUUUUGGAUUUAGUUUCUUGGAAACGUAAACCCUAUUGCUUCCAAAAAAAAAGAGAGUAUUUUCAUAUGAAAAACACAGACACCUUCUCAGACAAACUCAAACAAGGGACAUAUUUUUUAUGACUAUAGAAACCCACAAGAGACAAGUGUGGGAGGAAAAGAUUUUAGAUCACGUGGCCACCACGUCAUUCUUAGAAUAUGCUGGCUGGGUGUAGCCAAUAAAAAUACAACAACCUCUCCACUGAAACCUAAUGACUUGCUCUGCUCGCCUAUAUCCACGCAACAUGCAUCAAUCUCAGAGAAUGAGACUUUAGAUCGCCUUGCCAGACUGAGUUACUGAAAAUAAACAGAAGACGCCAGCCGAAAGUGAAAAUGGCAAAUCAAACAGACUUUCUGCCCCAGAUUGAGAUGAGCACCGACAUGCAACCCUUCAACACCACCUCAACAUCCAGCCCCUUCAACACCUCAGACUUCAUUGCCAAAAUCGCAGCCAACGACCUGACAUCCAGGGCCAACUACGUCUAUGCGUUUUGUGCCGUGCUGGGCUUGGCCUCGGCGUGCAUUCUAUUCUACGCCUUAAUUCGGUCCUACAGAGCCCAGAGGUACCUGGCCUGGCUGGACUCCCUGCUCUGGGCCUUUUCCAGCUCCCAGCUCCUUCUCUUGCUCCUCUCCCUCUCUUCCGUAGCACACCGGCCCAGCUACCUGGUGACCACACACAUCGGCUGUGCUGCGCUCGCCUUCACCGUCAACAUGGCAUCCCUCUGCGGGCUGUUGCUCCUGGUGUUCAUGGGAUACGCCCUGACCUUCGACACCCCAACUCACGCCCUGCUGAAGAGGCCUGGGGUCUGUGUGGCUCUGGUGCUUCUGGUUUCUAUCCUGUGCUCCUUGGUGCUGGCCAGACUCAGAGGCCCCUCCAAGGAACUGCAUUUGGAGGGCAUAUGUAUUAUAGACCCAACUGAGGCAGGAAGGUCUUAUGCCAUGGCGAAGCUUUGUCUGGGAUGCCUAAUUCCCUACCUCCUCCUUCUGGGGCUCCUGACAGGCGGCUGCGUCCGCCAAUGGAAAUCCAGCAGCCGGUUCCUCUCCGGAUCAGAGGAAGGUCCGGUGUUCCUGGCAGUGGCUGUGGUGAUAUUUGUAUGUCAGCUAUUCCAUGGCAUUGUGCUGGUAAGGGGGGCAGGGAUGCAGCAGGCUGGUGAUCUCAGCUAUCACGAGAGGGCGUUCAUGCACGUGUCCGAGUGUGUGAUGUUCUCUGGGAGUUGUGUGUGUCUAGUGUUAGUGCUCCUGCUGCAUAGGCCGUGCAGGGAAAGUCUUCUGGAGGUGACCAGGCAACUCCGCGACUGCUGCCGGAGCCUGGGGGGCCGACAGACCCACAGACACAUCAUGGCCCCCCAUAUUGAGAUCGCUGACACUCAGGACUAUAACCCGUAGGUCAAUAACCAUCUCAGACAUUCUGGAUUCAGGAACAUUAUGCCUUUAAGACCGCCAAAUCUAUCCUUAUAAACGUUGAAUCAUAUAUAUCUAUUAGAAGCUGACAGCAGAUAACUUAAAAGCAAGGAUACAUUCUGAAAGUUUAGUUGCUGAUCGUUUACAUUUAAUUUUGGCUUGAAUUUGAAGACUGUAAAUAGUAUUACUCAGACAGUUUUGUUUUCCGAUGUACUUUUUCAAUGUAAUGAUUAUAAUCUUAUUUCAUGUAUGAUCAGCGUACUGUUACUUCACCAACCAACUGACUUUUGUUUAUGAAAACCUUUUUUUUCCUGCAAAUCGAACGGUCUGUACAAUUCAUUGGUGACUUUUGCAACAUGAUGAUAGUGAAAUUGCAAACGAAGAAGAGUAAAACGAAGUUGUGCAAUGACAAAUCAUGAACAAUCAUUGGAAAGACUAUUUCUAAUAAUUCAACAGACAUGUGCUACUGUUUCUACACUUAGACUUGCUAUUUGACACACAACACUUCCAAGAAACAGACAGUGGCGGUGUUUGCAUAAACAUGUUUUACACAAAAACCCAUUCAAACUCAAUGUCACAAUAUGAUGACUGAAUAGUGGGAAAACACCUUACACAGGAAAUACAGUGCAUUUGGAAAGUAUUCAGACCUUCCCUUUUACCACAUUUUGUUACGUUAGACUUAUUCUAAAAUUGAUUCAAUUAUAUUUUUUUUGUCAUCAAUCUACACACAAAACCCCAUAAUGGACAAAGCAAAACUGGUUUUAGACAUUUUUGCAAAUGUAUUACAAAUAAAAAACUGAAAUAGCUGAUUUUACAUAUGUAUUAAGAGCCUUUGGUAUA